AUGGAAGAGCACUCAGCUUUUUGUGGCCAGGUUCGCGGCAAGUCACAGGCAAAGCCAGACCAUGGUCACAAGGACAAGACGAAGGUCAAAAAUGAUAGUCAGUUCAAGAAGUCUGCUAGGGUAAACAAAGGGGGGAGAUACGACUUCUACACCCCCCUGAGUGCGCCCCGAGUGCACAUCCUGGAGGAAGCCAGCAACAGUAACCUGCUAACUCUACGACCACCUGGGCACAGUCCCAAUAACACGGACAGGACAAAGCACUGCCGAUACCACAGAAACCACGGUCACACCACCGAGGAAUGUCGUACACUCCGAGAUCGUAUAGAGGAGCUCGUCCAAGCAGGACACCUCGGGCAAUACAUACAACGACAGCAAGGUCACCGUGGAGGCUACAACGGACAAGGACGAGGGCGAGGUUGCGGCGUAGGCACCCGGAUAGACCAACCCUCUAGAUCCCAGCAAAACACUGGUGGCGCAAUGCAGGCCGAGGUAAGCCAGGAAAUAGGGUUGGCCCCCUUACGGGGUGUCAUCAACACAAUUGCAGGUGGUUUCGCAGGGGGAGGCUCUAGCAACUCGGCGCGAUCGACAUUUGUGCAGCAUCAACAAUGUCCACUCCACCACCUCGGCCUCGCACCAAAGCACACCACCGAUGACGACUACACCGGCGUCUGCCCCAACCAGGAUGAUCCAAUGGUCAUAGUCCUGGAGGUCGCUAAUUGGGAGGUGCACAAGACGUUGAUUGACCAAGGGAGCUCGGUUGACAUCCUAUACUGGCUGACGUUCCUCAGGGUAGACAUCCCUCACUCCCUUAUCCAACCUCAUACAGAACCUCUAGUCAGUUUUGCAGGAGAGCGUGUUCACACUCAAGGGCACGUGAACCUGCUGACAACCUUCGGAGCCUCUCCUGACUCAAGGUGGAUCAUGAUCCGAUACCUCCUCGUAAAAGCCAACACGUCUUACAAUAUCAUCAUUAGAAGAUCGACGUUGAACCAACUCGGGGCAGUGGUGUCUACCCCGCACCUCACCAAGAAAUUCCCAGGGAGUGAUGGCAAGAUUAUUUCCGUCAGAGCAAACCAGAAAAUAGCUCAGCAGUAA